AAGCUAACUUCUGGGACAGCAAACCCUAACCCUCGAAACACUUUCCCUUCUAUCACAUAAAUCUGAAAAAAAUCCUUAUUUGGUGGCUGAGUUGAGGUUCAGAGUCUUCAGACUUCAGAGGAGCCAUCACCCAGACUUUGAAAUCUCCGGAGGAAAAUGGCACCGAAAAAGGAGAAGGCUCCGCCUCCAUCAUCCAAGCCUGCCAAAUCUGGCGGAGGGAAACAGAAGAAGAAGAAAUGGAGCAAAGGAAAGCAAAAGGAGAAGGUGAACAACAUGGUCUUGUUCGAUCAGGGAAGCUACGACAAGCUUCUUUCGGAAGUGCCCAAGUACAAGCUAAUUACCCCGUCAAUCCUUUCCGACAGAUUGAGGGUCAAUGGAUCGUUGGCACGUAGAGCCAUCAAGGAUUUGAUGGCACGAGGUUCCAUUAGGAUGAUUUCCUCACACUCUAGCCAGCAGAUUUACACAAGAGCCACCAACACCUAAGAAGGCUCAUGGGUCUCUAUUUACCCAUCCAACUGCCAUCCAACCGUUGGAUGGGUAAGCUACUGUUUUCUUCGAUUGGGGUUCUGCUCCAAUUUUUCACUGAUUACAUUAUCUUAGUUUUUUUCUUUGCCCAGUCAUUUCAGGUACCCUUUUUUAAGUAUUGAGAAUUGCUCCUUAUAUUUUGUUGGUAGUGCCCGCUCUACGUUGGCCUUGAUGUAAUGAUUUUCUCAGUAAAAUUCUAUGAGAUUUUUGCA